GAAUACGGAGGCUGGAGUCAGACGGUCAUUCUUUGUGCCAGGUGCAGGUAGCAGUCCGCUGUAGCAAAAAACUUGGGUAAAAGGUCAACAUGGGGCAAAGGUCAGCUACAAGAUCCAAGAUGGCGCUGUCCUUGGUGAAAAAUCUAACAAAGAUUGUGAUUGGUGGAGGUGCCCUGUAUGUGACCUAUGACCAGGGCAUCUGGGGUGAGGGGUCACAGAGCACCAAGGCACUGACCCGGCUUAGUGGUCAGCUGGUUGCUAAGCAACCACCUUAUGUCAAGGAGCGACUGGGCGGUGUGCAGUUCCCCAGUACUGAAGAGAUGGCUGUGAGUGUGAGAGACAACUGGAAUUCUGGGGUGAUGAAGGUUUGCUCUGGACUGUCAGCUGCCCCGGCUUUUGUGGGAAAGUACAGCGAAAAGGCAACAACUUCUCUCGCCCUCUUCAUCAGACAAAACUUGCACCCAAAUGUUGGGAAAUAGAGGACAGAAUUGUGCUGUUUAUGAAAACAUGUUAUCAUUUGCCCUUUGUAUUAUGCCACUCUUAGGCUACUAAAUUAAUAUCCAUAAAGUAAGAGAGUAUGGAACCUAAAAGAUAGAGACAACAAGGUAUUUCAGUGUGGAAUACUAUUUAAACGAAGUCAUAACAACUACAUGGUCGAUUUCUGUGACAAAAGUUGGCUCCAAGAGACAAAUACAUUGUCAGAUAAGCUUAGAAUUAAGAAAGUAGAAAAGUUUGUUUUUGUGUUUGAUGAUGUCGCAUGUUGAAACUUGUAUGUUCAGUGAGUGUUUGAUCACCAGUAAUUGUGUUCUGACAUAGAUUAAAACAAAGAAUAUUGAGUUCUGUAUUGUUGGUCUGUGAUAAAAUUGACACAUGUUGUGCUUUAUUGUCUUUACCAGCCACUACCACACUAAACAUUUGUCAAACCAGACCUUGACAAAAGUAGCAAGAAAACUGUGUUUUACAUUGAUAUUGCUUUGCUGCUUUGUGUCAUUGCACAAUUUAGACAAGAUUGUUUGUAAAAGAGAAACAUGAAGUCUUAAAUGUUGUACUGUAAGUUAUUCAAAGGGUAGUAUUGUCUCUGAAUUAAUUUCAAGUGUUACAAUUUUUGACCAUAUUACUGAGCCAUAUGACUGAAAAGCAUAGAGUAAUUAAGUAGAAUUAUCAAAAUAUGCACCAUCAGAAGUUGUUUCACUGUAAUAAGAGAAGCAAUGAAAAGAAAAACAGUUGAUAAACAUUU